AUGUCCAAUCUAUUAAACAAGUUCAGUGAAAAAUUACACGGUGAUUCCGAUGACACUCAACGUCGUCAACAGAAGAACCAGCAACAACAACACCGUCAAGGCCAAUCCGGCAUGAACGACGAUGAAUUCAACACCAGAGGCACUGGUGGUGGAGGAGGAAUGGGCGGUGGUGACAACAUGCAACAAGGUGGUGGAGGAUACGAGUACAGUUCUCAACAAGGCUACGACUACUCUUCCAUGCAACAACAACAACCUGGUAGUGGGUUCCGUUCUGGUCAGAACGACGACGACAUGAUGAUGGGUGGCCAACAACAGGGCAGCGGCAUGAUGGGUCAAGGUCAACAAGGCCAGAUGGGUCAAGGCCAGAUGGGCCAAGGACAAGGUCAAGGCCAAUUCCAGGACGACUUUGACGAUGACAGCUUUGGUGGCACCCGUCAACAGAAGGGACAGGGCAGAAGACAGCAGCAACAAGGCCGUGGUACCCGUGACCAAGACGACACUGUCUGGUAG